CUCGUAGGGGACAACCAGAAAAUUUUAGGCCAGCUUCCGGUGUCUCGUUGAUUGAAUUGGACCUUUUGUGCGAAUUGCGUGGAAUAAGUCUUCAAGGUUCCACUACCAUCUUAUUGUUCAGAGCUCACUAUUCUUGUCUUAUUUCAGCUGCGCUUCAUUUUUCCUUCCUAUCCUCACCCUUACUCCCAUCCUCAGACGGCCAGUUCCAGCUCUUCGUCUGUGUCUGUCUCCGCUCGCCGAUUGCGCGUUUCUUAAUCACCCCCGGCUCCUCGUGUGUCUGAGACACCUCGCGAUCCUCCCGCUCCACUCACCAUCGUUCUCUCACAAUCUUCAAUCACGCCCUCGACGUUCCUUUACCUCGUCAAAGCCUCUGGACUGGUUCCAACGGCUCCUCUACGCACCGCACUGUUUAUUGACGGUUACAUUCAUCUCCAUGAUUUACUAGCUCCGUCUGUGUGACCAUCCCAACUCCUCGAGCCAUUCGUCGCUUCUUCUGCUGUCCUCAGCCGUUAGUGUCAAAGUCUUUCGUCCUACGCUACUUCCGACUUGCGUACACAGGAUCACAAUGGCCAGCAAUAUCAUCGGGAACAGAAACAGCACCCCCGAGGCUUCCAAGACCUCACUCCGACCACCAACCUCGAGAACGCUCGGCUCGACCAGCACACAUAAUCAACCUGUUCGAUCUUCCGCCGACAUGUCAUUCACUUCUCCGCUCUCUGCGCGUUCCAUUCGUCCCGCAUCUGAGGUCCUCUACAAUCAACAGUCUCAGCAUGGAGGUCUGGAUGACUCGAGCAAGUUGGGUGAACAAUGGAUACAAGACAUUGAACAGUAUGAGACAAUGCUAGAAGAGAUGGCUGCGGCAACACUGGAUCAAGAUUUCAAGGACGAGUUGAGUGCUAUCGAACAAUGGUUUCGAGUCCUCAGUGAGGCUGAACGCACUGCCGCGACCUAUGCUCUGAUUCAGCAGACAACUCAAAUGCAGCAACGCUUCUUUGCUCAAGUCCUCAAUCAGAUGUCCAAAAGCCAUCCUAUUUCCGGUGUCCUGUCUCCGGCGAAUUUUGGAGAGAAGGACCCAAUGUCCAGUCGGCUGAGCGAUGCCAUGUCGAAAUUGAAUGUGGAUGAUCGACGGACAUCCAUGGGUCGCCCUCCAGUCUCUCCUGCUGGAAACAAGCGCAACUCGGGCUUGGAUCAGUCCACCAUUCAUGCCAUGUUCCCCGAUGCCGUUGCUGCUAUUCAACAACAGAAGGCCGAGUAUGCGCAACAAACAGGCAAUCCUCCUCCUUCUAACAGAAACAGCACUGUCAUUGGUGACCGUAGCUCACUUGUAGCACCCACCAUUUCUGCUCCUAGAGAAUCCAAGAGUGACGCUCUGAGCUGGCGUCAAGGCGGAGACUCUCACCAGCUUCCCAUCUCACGACCAAAGUCUUCCUCUGGUCAACCACCCAUGGGUCAAUUCGCUCAGCCUGCGUCUUCCGGAGCGCUCCGCUCUCCACGUCCUAUGGGAGCACCAGCUGGUAAUAUUCAGAGCACGACUUUGACUGCUCCGGAACCAAGCGAAAUGCCAAUGCUAUCACCAUAUAAUGUGGGUAACCAGAGCUGGGCCUCGAUGACUAAUACUCCGAUGGUCCCUAACUUCAAUCAAGCCGGUACCCACAGUGACAUGGUUGCCAAUGCCACAGCUAUGAAGCUUGCUGCACUGUCGACGGUUAACAACCGCAUUGCUUUGGACGAUGCCAAGAAGUACAGACGUGCCCGAUCGAAUGAACCAUCGCCACAUAGUCAGCCACCUCUGACGCCAGGUGUCUCGUCCACUGGUAUUCCCGGGAUCAAUACAAUCAUGAUUAACGACCAAGGUCAGAUUCUGAAUGCUCAACAGGUUGCCGCAAUCCAAGCACAACAGUUUGCAGCUGCACAAGGACGUCGUUCAAGGCCCAACUCUCCUGGUUUGCCCAUGCAAACUCCGCUUGGACAAACGAAUUUCGCUUCUCCUCAACAUAAUGGCUUCUUGGCUGCCUAUGACGGGGCACCUAUCAUGAUGGGAGCAGGAAUGCCUGGGCUUAUUCCUGGUAUGGGUUCAUUCGGUGGAGGUGAAGGAUAUUUAUCGGAUCAUUCUGAAAUUGCACGCGGCCGCUCACCUCGUGGACGUCGUGGAAGCUCCAAACCACCUGAGGAUCCAACAGAUCCAAGCUUGCUCCAGGAUAUUCCUACGUGGCUUAGGUCUCUCAGAUUGCACAAAUAUACCGACAAUCUGAAGGAUUUGAAAUGGCAAGAGCUGGUUGAGCUCGACGAGAAGGGACUGGAGGCUCGUGGCGUUAAUGCUCUGGGUGCGCGGAACAAAAUGCUCAAGGUUUUCGAACAGGUGAAGGAGGCUCAAUCCGAUGGCAAGCUUUAGAGAGGUAUUUGCUGGAUGCCUGAUCCAUUCUUCGACAGACAACAGCCGAACUGCAGACCACGUUUCGGUGAUUCGUUGACGGUCUAGCCGCAAUGACGGAGCUGGGACUUCGUUCUUGUCACAAACCAACCGACAACUGUCUCUCCGACCCCGUGCUUCAUCAUUAGGACUAUCCUUGCGAAUUCAACAAAGAAACAACCUUCAACUUUCACCCUUCACGGCCUCCAACAUCUCCGCUAAUUUUCAAGUCCGCCGGGCGACACUUACUCUUAUGAUGACCUGGACGUUUUUAUAUAGCGUGACGAGACCACACAUACGAGUUUUCUAUGUGAAUCAAAAGAACCAUUGAUUUCAAGAUAA